GGGAGUGUGAGGUGCCGCACAGGUGGCAGCUUAGCAGGCCUUUAAGAGGUGGGACGGGAGGAGGAAGACGACGACGGCGGCUGCCGGCAAACUUACUUUGGCUGACAGGGCCUGUACGCUAGCUGGAGAGAAGCCGCGGAGAGGCGGAGUUUGGCGAUCUUGCGCACCGCUGAUGAUGAAAUCUGGUUUGGCAGCCCCAGGCUGAGCGAGAGCAGAACUGGCUAGACAUUGCAGAGGCUGCGGGCCGGGGAAAAAAGCCGGAGGCGGGUGCCAGCGGCACUCCAGGGGAGCCUACCAUGACGCGUCCGCCGCUCCUGCUGCUGCUCCUUCUCCUCGUCCUCGUUCUCCAAAUCCUUGGGCUCUACGCCGGGGAGCGAAGCAGCAGCGCCAUGGAGGAUAUCACCACGGAGAAAGAAGCGGAGGAGAGCCACCGGCAGGAUAGUGUGAGCCUCCUGACGUUCAUCCUGCUGCUCACCCUCACCAUUCUCACCAUCUGGCUCUUCAAACACCGCCGCGUCCGGUUCCUCCAUGAGACCGGCCUGGCCAUGAUCUACGGGCUGAUAGUUGGAGUGAUCUUGAGAUAUGGCAUACCUCCCACCAGUGGUCAUGAUAAGCCAUUCAGCUGUUCCCAGGAGGAUCGGGCUUUCACAACCCUUUUGGUCAAUAUCAGCGGGAAAUUCUUUGAAUAUACUUUAAAAGGAGAAAUAAGCCCUGGAAAAAUACACAAUGUGGAACAGAAUGAUAUGUUGCGAAAAGUAACUUUUGAUCCAGAAGUGUUUUUCAACAUCCUCCUGCCUCCCAUUAUUUUCCAUGCUGGCUAUAGUUUGAAAAAGAGGCACUUCUUCAGAAAUCUGGGGUCUAUUCUGGUUUAUGCCUUCUUGGGAACUGCGGUCUCUUGUUUCAUUAUUGGGAAUCUUAUGUAUGGUGUUGUGGAACUAAUGAAGCUGGUGGGACAGCUCUCUGAUAAGUUUUACUACACUGAUUGUCUCUUUUUUGGAGCCAUUAUAUCUGCUACUGAUCCAGUUACUGUACUAGCAAUUUUUAACGAACUUCAUGCUGAUGUUGAUCUUUAUGCACUGCUGUUUGGAGAGAGUGUGCUAAACGAUGCCGUUGCUAUUGUACUAUCUUCUUCUAUUGUAGCAUAUCAGCCCACAGGAAGAAACAUCCAUGCUUUUGAUGCAGCAGCUUUUUUUAAAUCUGUUGGCAUCUUCCUUGGAAUCUUCAGUGGCUCUUUCAUGAUGGGAGUAGUGACAGGAGUUGUGACAGCUCUGGUAACAAAGUUUACAAAACUGCACUGCUUUCCCUUGCUGGAGACUGCACUGUUUUUCCUGAUGUCCUGGAGUACAUUUUUGCUUGCUGAAGCUUGUGGUUUUACAGGUGUGGUAGCUGUCCUGUUCUGUGGAAUCACACAAGCUCACUACACAUACAAUAAUCUUUCAGUUGAGUCAAGAAGCCGAACCAAGCAGCUCUUUGAAGUACUGCACUUUCUGGCUGAGAACUUCAUAUUUUCUUAUAUGGGCUUAGCCCUGUUUACUUUCCAGAAGCACAUAUUCAGCCCCAUCUUCAUUAUAGGAGCUUUUAUAGCUGUUUUCCUGGGACGAGCUGCACACAUCUAUCCGCUCUCUUUCUUCUUGAAUUUGGGCAGAAGGCACAAGAUCAGCUGGAAUUUUCAGCACAUGAUGAUGUUUUCAGGACUUAGAGGAGCUAUGGCAUUUGCUCUAGCCAUACGAGACACUGCAACUUAUUCUCACCAGAUGAUGUUCUCCACAACGCUCCUUAUUGUCUUCUUUACUGUCUGGAUCAUUGGUGGAGGCACAACACCCAUGCUGUCAUGGCUAAAUAUAAGAGUUGGCGAACACAUCCCAUCGGUGGAAGAGAUGAAUGAAAGCCGCUGGCUGUACUUCAGGGUUGGAGUUGACCCAGAUCAAGACCCACCACCCAGUAAUGACAGCUUUCAAGUCCUUCAAGGAGAUGGUCCAGAUGCUGAAAGGAGGAACCGAACAAAACAGGAAAGUGUUUGGAUCUUCAGGCUGUGGUAUAGCUUUGACCACAAUUAUCUGAAGCCGAUUCUAACACACAGUGGCCCUCCUCUAACUGCAACUCUUCCAGGCUGGUGUGGCCUAAUAGCACAUUGCUUAACUAGUCCCCAGGUUUAUGAGAAUCAAGAGCAGCUUAGAGAUGAAGACUCUGACUUUAUCCUGAAUGACAGUGAUCUGACGUUGACAUACGGGGACACGACAAUAACUGCUAAUGGGUCCUCGGGUUCACAUGCUGCUGUUACUAGCCUUGAUGGCAGGAAAAUAAAAAGCUCAGAGGAGGCCCUGGAACAUGAUCUGGGAACAGAAGUACCUGAGCUGAUGAGUAGAGGCACUCGGCUAGUAUUUCCCCUGGAUGCAUGAUGACUGGCUUGGUAAAAAUGCAGCAAUAGACCCCAGCUUCCAAAGAACCAAGACACCUGCAAGCCCCAAAGUUGGUGGAAGGGCUUAGCAAAUUGAAUUUAUGCCUGUUGUAUUAGUGGUCUGAAGAUGCACUUGCCCACCUGUCACCCUCUCUCUAAUUUCUUUCAGGAUGCCAACAAGUGUCUAAAACAGACACAUGAAAAAUUGGUCAGGCUCUUGAAAUUAAAACAUACUUACUUGAAAUUAAAAGUGGCAUGUUGUAAUCAUCUCAUUCUGCUGCACCACUCCUCUGACAAGAAUAUUAAUGGUAAUAGUUAAAAGUAGUUCAGAACCACCAAAAGUUUCUCAGCCUGAAAAGCACAGGAGAGAAUUCUGAUACUGAAGUCGGUCAUCACUGACAGAAGGUACAAUGUUUAACUUAUACUUGAAAAAUGUAGGUGCAAAAGAGUACAUUAUAUAUUGUGACCUCAUCCACAUUUUUCUGAGACUUGUUGGAAAAACAAAGCUCCAUGUCAUUUCAAGGGAUACUUUUUAAAGUCCUUACUAGUAUAAAGUUUGAUAUUAAAUUAUUCUGUGUCUAAAAAGGGGAAAGAAGCAAUGUGUGCAUUUCUCGUAAUCUUUGGACAACUUACUAAGAAUUUCUGUAGAGUCUUGUCGCUGCAUCAACAGCAAAAUCCAUCUGUUUGCCUUACAAAAUUUUAAUUUGCCUCUUGCCCUUAUGUACUCUAGUUCUACAGAUAAACUCUUAGACUUACCUGGAGGAAAUCAUUAGUCAUCCUCUGACAAAUGUAGUCGGUGACAUUCCUCUAACUGUGAAGACAGUAUUGAAUGAAUGCAGUGCAGCUAUACGCUAAGAAGUAUUGAUGGAAUCUGUUUUAGGUUCCUGCAGAGCAGGGAUGGAAAACCUAUGGCCCUCCAGAAAUUGUUUGUCUUCAGUGCCCAUCAGCCCCAGCCAGUGUGGUCAGUGGUCAGAGAUGAUGGGACUUGCAAUCCAUCAACAUCUGGAGGGCCACAGAUGCCCCUUCCUUGCUAUAUGGUAUCUGGAUUUGAACUACGGUUUUCUAAUCAAGGUGGAUGAGCCUAACAUAAAUGCAGGUCUUUUUAUGCAAAGCUUGCAUCAGAACAAAAACGGUUUCACUCUGUGUGUGUGUGUGUGUGUGUGUGUGUGUGUGUGUGUGUGUGUGUGUGUGUGGCAUAUUGCACUAUGACCCUGAUCUUUUAAGAAUGGUGCAGUGCCUUUUCUGUAAAAAAAAAAAAAAAAAAAAAAUCCUGUUGUAAUCUGAAAAGAUACAGAGAUGCUAAUUUGCAAAUAGAACAUAUGUAAUCUUAUUUAUGAAUGAGUGACACCCAUGACACAAUUAGGUGGUUCUUUAUGGCUUCCUUCAAAAGAAGCGCAGCUGAUAAAGCAGAUUGAAAAAAUGAUGUAAUGUUUUGACUCUAAUUGUGAUAAGGUUUUUUAAACUGACUACCCUGUAAUUUAAACAUGACAAAUAUGCUUGGGAAAAUAAAAAUGUUCUUUUCUUCUUACAUUGAGAA